AUGAAAUUCGCACUUGGGUGUGGGUCCCAUUUCGUUCGUUUCAAUCGGGUUUUCCACACACAAGGUAAACAUGUGUCUCUCGUGAGCAGUAAGCAAAUUGGCACCGGUUUCACCGCCAAUGCCGCCCGAGGGUACUCUACAGGCCCGCUUUUUGGAAAUCACAACAACACGUUUCGCACCACAACCAGACAGGGCGCGUACGGCAGCACCGAGGUGCUCAACCAAGACCUGGUCUCGGACGCGUUCCCACGCGUCAAACUCGCGUUCGAAGUGGUCAAUGAACACACCUCGACGUAUUUCCCCAAAGCGCCGGUCAUCAUUCUGCACGGCCUGUUUGGCAAUAGGGCCAACAACAGAACCAUAGCCCGGCAACUGAACGAGCGCCUGGAGCGCGACGUGUAUCUGCCAGACUUGCGCAACCACGGGCUGUCGCCUCACAUUGGGCGUCACGAUUACCCAUCCAUGGCCGCAGACGUGGAACUGUUCAUCCAGGAACAGCAGUUUCAAGAUGCCCCGAUCAUCGUGGGCCACUCAAUGGGCGCCAAAGUCGCCAUGAGUGUGGUGCUGCGCAAGCCCCAACUGUGCUCCAUGUUGGUAAGCAUCGAUAACGCGCCGGUCGCCACGAUGCCCACCAUGUCGUUCCCACGCUACGUCAAAAAACUGCUGGAAAUCAUCGAGAACCCAAAGAUCCAGACUUUUGCAGACGCCGAGAAGUCGCUGCGCGACAUCGAAAGCUCGCCUGUGAUCCGUCAGUUUCUGCUCACGAUUUUGCAGCGGGUGAAGGAGAGCGACGACUCAGACUCUGGAGCUGGAGCUGGAGCUGGGAAACCAGCGUCCGGACACCAUCAGCACCAGCACCAGCACCAGCAACAGCACCAGAACCAGCACCAGAACCAGCACCGCUUCAAGUCCCGGAUCCCACUGGGCAUUUUGAACGACGCCAUUGUGAAGGGCAACAUCGCCAACUGGGAAUUCAAUCCAUGGGUCCACCAGUACACUUCUCCGUCGCUGUUUAUUCGUGGGACUCGCUCGCACUACGUUUCGGACGAGACACUGCAGGACGUGGGCCGGUUUUUCCCGCGGUUCGAGUUGCGUGACAUCGAUGCGACACACUGGGUCAACACCGAGAAGCCCAGGGAGUGCAGCGAUUUGAUCGCAGACUUUAUUGAGCGUAACGAAGAGCUGUGA